AUGGGAUUAGGCCCUGAUGCUUUUCAUGCUGGAGCUUGGAAUGUGGGAAAAUCAAAGGGAAAGAAAAAGAAAGAUGAUGAAGAUGAAAUGACAGGGUGUUGGAUGAAGUUUAGGCUCAUGGGAGGAUGCGUGUCUUCAAGGACCAAAGUGGAUAGCUCUACAAGUGGAACUAGCACACAAGAUGCGGAAAGUAAAUGUACAAAUGACUCCAUCAAAGACCAGCCAGCUGCUCCAGUUGCUUCGUCUUCAACCACUAGCAACACAGAAAGCACCCUGUCCACUCCCAAGGCAGCUGAGGAGCUGAAAGUUGCUUCUCAGCUUCGAAAAUUCACCUUUGAUGAGCUUAAGUCAGUGACAAAGAAUUUUAGACCUGUGAAUCUUUUGGGCGAGGGUGGAUUUGGUUGUGUAUUCAAAGGCUGGAUCGACGAAAAUGGAACUGCUCCAGUAAAACCUGGAACUGGGCUUGCGGUUGCUGUAAAGACUCUGAACCAUGAUGGACUUCAAGGUCAUAAAGAAUGGCUGGCUGAAGUUAUUUAUCUUGGUGACCUACUUCAUCCUAAUUUAGUCAAACUAUAUGGCUAUUGCAUUGAGGAUGAUCAAAGAUUACUUGUGUAUGAGUUUAUGCCUCGGGGAAGCUUGGAGAAUCACCUCUUUAGAAGGUCCUUGCCGCUUCCUUGGUCUAUCCGAAUGAAAAUAGCUCUUGGUGCUGCAAAGGGUCUUGCCUUUCUUCACGAGGAAGCUGAAAGGCCAGUGAUUUAUCGAGAUUUUAAAACAUCUAAUAUAUUGUUGGAUGCGGAUUACAACGCCAAGCUUUCUGAUUUUGGCCUCGCUAAAGAUGCUCCAGAGGGAGAUAAAACUCAUGUCUCCACCCGAGUGAUGGGCACUUAUGGUUAUGCAGCCCCUGAGUAUGUUAUGACAGGACAUCUUACUUCGAAAAGUGAUGUAUACAGCUUCGGGGUGGUUCUGCUCGAAAUGCUGGUUGGUCGAAGAUCAAUGGACAAAAACCGACCCAAUGGAGAGGUUAACUUGGUUGAGUGGGCACGCCCACACCUUGGAGAUAGACGAAGAUUCUAUCGACUAGUAGAUCCUCGACUUGAAGGCCGCUUCUCAAUCAAAGGUGCCCAGAAGGCACUUCAGUUGGCUGCCCGUUGUCUUAGUCGUGAUCCCAAGGCUAGACCAAUGAUGAGUGAAGUUGUUGAAGUGCUGAAGCCUCUACCCACUCUCAAGGAUAUGGCAUCUUCCUCAUCUUACUUCCAAGCCUUGCAAGUAGAGCGGCCUGGCUCCAAUCCAAAUUCUCGGAAUGGCAGUAGAGGGCAGGCUGGGGUUUCAAGGAAUGGACAACCAACUAGAAGCCGGUCCAUGCCAAAUGGUCCGCAUGCCUCACCAUAUCACCUUAACCAUCCUCACCGAUCACCCAAACCUAUCGCUCAAUCGUAA